UUGCGUUUUGUUGCGUUCUAAUGACUAGGCCGACCCGGGAAACUGAAAAUGGACGAUAUCCGAGAUGUGGAAAUGGUCCCGUGCACAGAUUCACGAUUUUUACGGCCGAAACGAGUUAAAUACACUCAGAAUGGAGUGCAGAAGACCUGGGACUACAUGCAUGUACAUGACAGCGUGGUUAUUCUCAUCUACAACUGCAGACGGCAGGUGUUCUACCUUGUCAAACAGUUCCGUCCAGCUAUCUACAUGAAUACCUACCAUAGACUUUAUGGCAGCCCAGAAGAGAAGUCUGGUGUUCAGACCCUGCCAGGGUCCCAGGGUGUCACCUACGAGCUGUGUGCAGGGAUUGUGGAUAAAGACGUCAGUCUGAAGGAGAUCGCCCAGUCAGAAAUCCUGGAAGAAGUUGGCUUUCAAGUACCCCUGGAGAAGAUAGAAGAAGUUACCUCGUACAGAGGAAAUGUUGGAGUGGCCGGCUCCCUGCAGACCCUGUUCUAUGCUGAGGUGACGGAUGACAUGAGGGUGUCGGCAGGGGGCGGGCUGAAGGAGGAGGGGGAGUUGAUUGACGUGGUGGAACUGCCUCUGGCCGACAGUCGCAAAUUCAUCAUGGACCCCUCCAUCAACAGACCUGGACUCCUCCUGUUCGCUUUUAUGUGGUUUUAUGACACAAAAAUGUCACACUCUAGUUAGUAAAAUGGUAAAGGUCAAGGUUUGUAGCCUUUUUUAAGGCCAUAGGGGCAGUGGGUUGUUAAUCCACUGUGUCUAGGACACGGUAAUGGUAGGUGGAGCCCAUCCCUCCCCUUCUGCCUUUGAAAGUUUUACCUCCUCAACCGAAGUCAGAUACCUGAGUGGAGUGAAGAAAGUCGUGUAAAAUACC